CUCUUUUUUGUGUGAAUGACUCUAUGUAUGAUUGUAAUGCUUAUGUUUGCUCUUUUUGCAGAUGAAUCCGAAACUGACAGUGGGGAGUCUGAUGUUAGUGGUUCUGAUGGGGAUGAUACAUUCUGGAUUUCAUGGUUUUGCAACUUGCGAGGGAACGAGUUUUUUUGUGAAGUUGACGAUGAAUAUAUCCAAGAUGAUUUUAACCUUUGUGGGUUGAGCAGUCAAGUUCCAUAUUAUGAUUAUGCACUUGAUUUGAUUUUGGAUGUCAACACCUCUCUUGGUGAUACUUUAACUGAGGAACAGAAUGACUUGGUUGAAUCCGCAGCAGAGAUGCUGUAUGGUCUUAUUCAUGUCCGAUACAUUUUGACAACCAAGGGAAUGGCUGCCAUGCUAGAGAAGUACAAAAACUAUGACUUUGGAAGAUGCCCGAGAGUUUAUUGCUGUGGACAGCCUUGCCUUCCAGUUGGACAAUCAGAUAUUCCACGUUUAAGUGCUGUAAAGAUAUACUGUCCCAAAUGUGAAGAUAUAUACUACCCACGAUCCAAGUACCAAGGCAAUAUCGACAGUGCUUAUUUUGGAACCACUUUUCCUCACCUCUUCUUGAUGACUUAUGGAAACCUCAAGCCACAAAAGCCAACACAAAGCUACACACCGAGAGUGUUUGGCUUCAAGCUCCACAAGCCUUAGUCACGACAUUGAGAUCUCGAUGGUGCCAGGACAUAGUUCUCUUUGCCUUAAUGCGCCAGUUGACGGACUCAAACCACAUAAAGCAAUGCACUUAUAUGUGCUUUCAUUGAUUGAAGAAAUGCGAUUCUGGCCGUCU